AACAAAAUGUAAAUAUUACAUGCUCUGCCGACGGAACCGAAUAGUUGUUCAGAAUGUUUUUAUUUGGCCAGUGUGUUAAUAGUUUUAGCUAGCUCAAAUUACUAUACUCAUCCAGUUUUAUAAGAUGUUGAAGAAGACUUCAGAAUUGUUACUUCCCGAACUGCUAGCAAAUGUUGUUCGACAAGGAGAAAUAGUAACUCGUUUUCAAGCUCUUCCAAAUCUACGAUUAAACAAGGAACCGGUGAAAAAAGAGGCAGCUAUACUGAUUCCAUUGUGUCUUGUAGAUAACAGAAUCAACAUACUAUACACUCUACGAUCAAGCAAAUUGCGUAACCAUCGCGGACAAGUUUCUUUUCCAGGUGGCAUGAAGGAUUCAAGAGAUCUUAGCUACGAAAGCUGCGCGGUACGAGAAUUCGAAGAAGAAACUGGUAUUUCGAAAAAUUUCGUCAAAGUUUGGGGUCGCGGAAACCCCGUAAUUCCAUACUUUGGGCCGUCUAUUACUCCGAUCGUGGGUCACAUUGUUGAUUUUUCUAUGGACAAACUAAGGCCAAGCUGUGAUGAGGUAGCCAAAGUAUUCACGGUGCCUAUCGAGACGAUUGCGUGCAACCAGAAUCGAAAACACACCCAAUUUCGGUCCAAUUACACUAUGCCUGUUUUCCAAAAUGGAGAUGAUACAGUGUGGGGAAUUACGGCAAUUAUUACCCAUCUGUUUCUUGUCGCUUUGUUGCCAGCAGCGUAUAAUGCUAGAUUACCAUUUAUAAAGAGAUAUGAAGCAAAACUAACGAAAAAACGGUGAUAUGAAUUAAACCCAAAUACAAUUGAAUAAAGAAUUCUUUCAUUUUAUCAUUUAACAUUGAUGAAA